AUGGCUUUGCCUGUUGUUCAUGCUCUCAGCAGCUCCUGCAUCGUCGAGAAUCGUAACUCGGCGUACAGCUACAAUAUAUUUUAUAUGAACGGUUGGCAGUGCAACGAGCGUACACAAAGUGAGGCAAUAUUAUUGCCAUACAUUCGAGAGCAUGAGCUGAACUCACUGUUGGACGUCACUGUUCGCACAGAUAGCGUGGAGAGCGGCUGGGGCCUGGAGCCAUCGUUCGACGUGAGCGCCAUGACUGAGGUUCGCGUCCCUCUGGGGGGCACAGCGCUGCUGCCCUGCAGGGUGCGGCACCUGGCUGGCCGCCCGGUGGCGUGGUUGCGACGACGUGACUGGCACAUCCUGACGUGGGGCGCCGCCAGCUUCACCAGCGACGGCCGCUUCCGCGUGCUCAGCUCGCAUUCCGGCCGCGACUGGAGCCUGCGCAUCCGGCACGUCCAGCGACACGACAACGGCACAUACGAGUGUCAGGUGCCGACAGGCAGCGGCACAAAGUCACACUUGUUCAACCUCCACGUGGUGGUACCGAGAGCUGUCAUCCUUGGCCGACGCGAGUACCAUGUUGGCGAGGGCAGCACCGUCUCGCUGGUGUGCAUCAUCGACAACGGUCCUCUGGUAGCGCAGUUUACCUUCUGGAAGCAUAACGAUCGCACGGUGGUCGCAGACGACGACGCAUCCAAGGGAAUGUCUGUGGCGACGGACGCCGACGGCGCCAGACCGCACUCGCGGCUGCUGAUUUCCAGGGCGGAGGCCACCCACGCCGGCAGCUACACCUGUGGUGCACCAGGCGCUGAUCCAGAUACCGUGCACCUCUUCAUCUCGCAAGGUAACCGCCGGCGGUCGCCACCUUCGCUGCUGUGA